AUGGACGAUUUAGAGAAAAAGAUACCAGUUCUUUGCGUUGGUCCCAAAGGUUCGGGAAAAACUACUCUAUUGAAGAAAGUACAGCAGGCUGAAGGCAUUGAUUAUACGUACAGCCCGGUGCCAACUAUCGGAACUAAUAUAUAUGAUAUUAAUUAUGUUAACAAACAAGGUAAAAAGCAAGUGCUGUCUAUUAGAGAAAUCGGCGGGGAAAUGGUAACAUUGUGGAAUAAUUAUUUAGAAGGCGUUGAAAAGGUAAUUUUUGUGGUGGACACUUCGAAUUUGUGUCAAAUAUCGGCGGCCGCGGUUAUGUUGUACACUCUACUGGCCGAACCUAAGCUUCGCAGAUCAAAGUUUAUUCUAGUGCUUAGCAAGAUGGACGCAGCGUAUCGACAGAUGCGUAACGAAGCGUUACUCAUGCUGCAGUAUUCGCGGCUGUGCUCCGAGCUGGCCAACGCGCCGGCGCUGCUCGAGGCGUCGCCCCUCACCAACACCGGCAUAGACGCGUUGCGCGCCUUCCUAGGAGACGCCAAAAAAGUGGACGCGUAGUUUUAGUGUCAAGGGACA